AUGUCAACUCAUCACUCACCGCCACAGAACAAGAACCAAGAACUAUAUUCUAUGUGGUGCUCGAAAUUUGAUCUUGCAAGGUACCGCUUGCUUUCCAUCAAACGACAGGAAGGAAGAGAGGAAGUUAAACGAAGGGGAAUCGUUAUCGACAGAGAAAUAUCACUCGAAACUUAUCUUGGGUUUUGUGAUAAAGAACCGAGGAUUUCUGUUAAAUACCGUUUAGCCGAUGGAACAAUCGAAGCCUAUGAAAUGCCUGUCGACCUUCACGCAGUGGUACAAGCAAAGUUAAUUGGUAUCGUGGAUAAUUGGAAUGAUCAAUUACAAGUCUUUGGUGAAUUAGAUAUCAUUGUUGGUUCAAGAAUGGUCUAUCGUCCUGACAUUAGUAUUCGACCAAGGAAUCGUCAACGACCUCAGGCCUCACAGGCGGUUAACUCAUCAGGACACCCAUAUCCAACCUUAGUUGUGGAAAUUGGCAAUACGGAAAGUGUAAGAAGUUUGCAUGAUCUGGUAAUAGGAUAUUUUUCUCCACGUAACACUAUUCAAAUUUAUUUUGCCAUCAAGUUAUUUCCUCCCCGUCGGGAUAAUUCUGUUGCAUUACUUGCACUGCUUUACUUACGUAACAAUCCAAAUCCAACCAUAACUGUAAUCGCAAAGUCUUUUGGAACAGCACCUCUUCAUAUUUCCACACAAAACUAUCUUCAAAAUACUGCGAAUGUUCCAGUCAAUACAAUCACUGGUGUCGGAUAUGGGGGAGUUCCUUGUGAUGGUGCUAAUCUUCAAGACUAUCAAAUAGCUAUUCCUACCAUCUUACUUUUCAAUGGUGUUCCUGGCGGUGUUCCUAAUGGUGUACCUGCUAAUUUCAACAUAGAUUUAUGGAGGUUGCAAGAUGCAAUUCUGAAUCUAGACUAG